UGAUUCCACGUUGGCCCGGACGUGGCAGUCGCGGUGAAUCAGAGCAGCAGGAACCGAGAGAAGCCUCCAUCACCGCCUCUCUUCUGCCGGAGCGAACCCAGCAGCGUUUCUCUCCCCCCACGACAACACUCGCCUGUCCCCGCGCAGCCAUGGGCCUCACGCUGACCUCUCUCUUCGACCGGUUCUUCGGUAAAAAGCAGAUGCGGAUCCUGAUGGUCGGGCUGGACGCUGCAGGAAAAACAACCAUCUUGUACAAACUGAAGCUUGGAGAAAUUGUGACCACCAUCCCAACCAUUGGUUUCAAUGUGGAGACGGUAGAAUAUAAAAAUGUUAGUUUCACUGUGUGGGACGUCGGUGGACAGGACAAGAUCAGACCUCUCUGGAGACACUACUUCCAGAACACACAGGGCCUCAUCUUUGUAGUGGACAGUAACGACAGAGAUCGAGUGGAAGAGUCUGCAGAAGAACUCUCAAAGAUGUUGAUGGAGGAUGAGUUGAAAGACGCAGUUCUGCUGGUGUUUGCUAACAAACAGGACCUCCCCAACGCCUUAUCAGUCAGCGAGCUCUCAGACCGACUUCGCCUGCAGACUCUCCGCAACAAAAAUUGGCACAUUGAGUCCACCUGCGCCACCCAUGGCACUGGGCUGUAUGAAGGAAUGGACUGGCUAUCCAAAGAACUUUCCUAGGAAUGAAGAACUGGCUGGACAGAGAGUGAGAGAGACUGAACACCACAGCACAGGAGAGAGAAGGCACAGACACUCAUACAGAAACAUUUGGUCUUCAAGCACCGGUGUUCAAAGAGGGACAAGGCUGGUGGACAAUAUAAUCAUCUUUGGGAAAUUUUACUAUUACUUGUUUCUUAUUUUGUUAUCAGUGCGAUUAACAUAUUGUCUUUUCACUUUCGGUACUUUUCUCCAUUUGUUACCACACUCUUACGUGACAACAAGUUUUAAUCCAGUUACACACUGAGCAAAUGGCUUAAUAUGGAAAUUAAUCAGAAACAAUAAAAAGCAAGUGGCUUUUCCAAUCGA